UGCACAGGCGCUCAGGCAGUGAGGAAACAGAGGCAGAGCAGCUUUGCACCACUUUUUUUUACUGAGACUGUUAUUUACUAUAAAAGCGUCACUUCAGCAGCAGCAGCCGCACUGAAAAGACGAGGAAGAAGAAGAGAAGCGUCUUCAUCCGAGGAGGAACGAGGUGAGAGAAGAAGUGUGGAUGUAAGCAUCAAAGUGCUGGAGAAGAAGAAGAAGAAGCAGAAGAAGAAGGAGAAGAGGAAAAAGACGCACACGGCGGAGUGGGAGGAAAAACGCAACUCUGCCUGAUUUAUCCCGAUGAUGCCGAGGAUCCAGUUUCUGCUCCGGAUUCACGUCCACAACAAGUGUGAAGCCAGAGGAUGACUGCAGCCAGUCCCGUCUGCAGCACCGCCUCCUCCCUCUCCUCACCUGCCUGCCUCCCAGCAUGCCACAGGCACCUGAGGAUAGGCAAGGCCUUCCAGACCAAGCUGCCCCUGCGCUCUGCCCCCGGCGUGUGGCUUCUCCUGGGCGUAGUGGUGGUCGUGGUGGGCAUGAGCGUGGCGGUGGCGGGCUAUGUGUCCGCCGAGCCGAAGCCCGUGGGAGGCCGUGGCAGCACCCACGCCGAGAGGAUGAAGCUGACGGGGCCCGUGGUCAUGGGGGUGGGCCUGUUCAUCUUCAUCUGUGCUGCCACGCUGCUGUACGAGAACCGGGACCAGGAAGUCCUCAAAUACGAGACGUCUGAAGACCUGGAGGACCUGAAGGGGAGGAACAGCUGGGAGGACUCGCAGGAGCAGCCCAGCUUCGGCUGCCAGGAGCAGUGGGAGUGUAAAGGCACAGAGCAGGGAUCCUGGGCCUCUCCAGCCCACACACUCCCACUCUCAAACCACAGCUGGGGGCCUCCUCUUCCUCCUGAUCUGCCUCGCACCAACAGACACACCAUCAGCAGCAGCACACCGUCUCUGAAUGCAGGAGGUGGAGGUAAGGAGAAGGUGGACAUAGAGGAGGAGGAGAAGGAGGAGGGAGGUUCAACCCUACUGGCCCGAGUCCUGCACCACCAGGAACCGACUCCUCACCCACCCUCCCCCUGCCUGUCCAUCUCCCACUCCGCCGUCUGCUCGGACUCCUGCAACUCCAGUGAGAUCCACUUCAACAUACGGACAGACUCUCCUCUGCCGCAUCAACACUGAACCCCCCCCCCCCCCCCCCAGCUUCUGCUGUCUCAUGAAACAUGCAUGACGAGACGCAUUCUGAAGUUUUCAUGUGCAUACGCAGACUAUGCAUUCCUCAACGAACUCACGAAGCGUGAGCUUGUACGUUUUAGUCCCUCGGAGGGGCACUGAGGCUCUGAGUCACUGUCUGGGAGGGUUUUAGUUUUUUUUACCCCACUUCGUUCCCUGACUCACUCGCAUUUAAAAGAUUGGAGCUACGCUGUUUGAUGUCAACUCAGCAUCUUGUACGACUUUGAUCGCUCCCGUGCCCAAGAAUCCUUAAAGCCACUGCUUUCCUGACCAUAUUUGGACGCAAGGAGGUUUGCUGAAAAGUUAUUUGGGUGCCACACUCAACUUUAGGCUUUCCCUCAUUCCCUCUCUCUCACACAAACACUCACACUCACACAAACACUCACACUCACACAUACACACACAAAAGCAUCUACAUUUCUCUGCUUAAGAGGUUCACUGAAGAGGAUGAGCUAGAUUAGGGCUCAAAUGAGUCUUUAUCUAAUCUCACACACACUGUAAUCUGUUCUUUAUCUGAGAAAAUUGUGUCUCGGUAUAAACAAGAGAAGCACACACACACACACACACACACACACACACACACACACAGAGGCCACACUCCUCUCACUCCCCACCUACAGCCCCGCUAUAAAUACCCGCUGCUGCGUUGUGCAAGUGUGGACUCCACUUCUAGUUUUUGGUUUUACAGUAAUUCAAAACGUUUUUGCGAUUCCCACCGCUCAGCUGCUCAGUUCCCUCGAGCGUGGCGAGGCGAAAUCUUCAAGAGUUUGGAGAGAGAGAAAAAGAAAAGAGCAAAAAUCUGUUGAGGCUGGGACGAGUUAUUCCUGACGCAGAGCAACGGAGAGAAGCUGUCCUCUCUCCCACCAUCACGACCUUUCAUCUCCUCUCUCUUCAUCACCACCGCUUUCCUACGCGUUAUUCAAAUCCUCCUCAAUCCUCCUGCUGCAGUCCCCCCCCCCUGCAAAAAUAAAAGAAAAUAGGGCACAAAAACAAUGCAGAGUGAAAAAUGUUAUCAGGGAAAGUUAAGCCAAAUGAGCGUGGUUGAACAGUCGGAGGAGUACGCAGGGUUUUAGGGUUUCAGGAUUUUAAUUAUCACCAGCAUUUUCUCCUGCAGCCUCUAAUUACACCGGGGAUCGGUGUGAAGGUUUUUAUAGGUGCUUCAGGACUGCAGAGUAUUUCCUUGUUGUUCGGGCCCAUGCUGGGAUCCUGCCAUCCAGAUGACGAGCGAGACUGAAGUGUACAGUCAUUUGCAGCCACACAUUUUGCUGACUAAAAACAUCACCCCUCACACACACACACACACACACACACACACACACACACACACACACACACAUACACACACACUCAGUCGGUGGAGGGUUUUCUGUAGGGGCGGUGUUUUGUAUUUUUCAGUGGCCGGGAUGAUUCGGAGAGACGUUUGUGAAUCCUGCAACGAGCCGUGAGCAGAGUCCUCUGCUCUCAUCGCUCGGAGGAGCAGCUCCCUCCUCAGCCUCGCUCACACACACACACAGCAGUCCUCAGUGUGACAUCAUGGGAAGCAGUGGUGGAUCGAGGAUUCCUUCGACUUAAGGGGCCAUAAAGGGGCCACAAUUUACCCAGAGGGGGCAAUUAUAGGUCCAUCGUCAAUGCAAAAGUCCUGAUUCAGAAAGGUGCCUACUGAAGUCAUUCCUUGUUUACCGUUUUCCUCUAUGGCUCUGAUUCAAAGCCACACAUCUCUGAAUAUAUUGGAAAAAAUUGCUCCUCGUUCAAGCACAUUAUGUUCUUCAAAAAAUCUUAGAAAUAUGUUGUUUUCUUUAAAUCACAUUGUCACAUUUAUUGUUUGAAUUGUUAGGUUAUAAAAGGAGAAGACUACUGUCAGGACAGGGGUACUACAGGGGUUAAUCCGAUUUCAGCUUGGGCCAGUGCCCCCCUGGUCCCACCCCCGGGAUCCGCCACUGAUGACAGAAAGAUGAUGGAUUGUUGAGCUGAAGCUGAUGUUUUCAUUAUCGAUUAACCUGCAAAUAAUGUCCUGGAUUACUGUCAUUUUAUUUUGUCUUCACUCACUCAGAGUUCUGCAAUAAACCCGACAUUCAUCAA